AUGUUUGGAAAGUUUAAGGGGCUCUUCAGUGGCCCGCAGGUGCCACAAGCUUCAGGGACCACCAGAGCGGCACCUAACCCAGCUCAAACACAGACUGCAGCUCCAGCACCAGAUGCAGCUCCGGCCAAGCAGCGGCACCAGCAGCGGCCCCCACCCCAGCAGCAACCCCAGCAGCGACCCCAGCAGCGGCCCCAGCAGCGGCACCAGCAAUGGCACAAGCAGCGGCCCCAGCAGCGGCCCCAGCAGCGGCCCCAGCAGCGGCCCCAGCUAACCCUGGUGAACCUGGAGCUGAGGGUUAUUGUUUCCACCUUCAGACAAGAUGCUCCUCCUCCUCCUCCAAUCGUCAUCAACCAAUAUUCAGACGAGCAGCUCAGGGCAAUCGUGGUGAAGAUGAGAGAGAGGCUGCAGCUUUGUAGGGAGAAGGUGGUGGAUAAAUAUGCAUCGUCUCCAGAGAUCAGCCCUCCUGUCACUCCUCUGCUCCCUAAAGACCACUAUGCUAAGGUGGUGGAGGAGAGGAAGAGGCAGGCAGAAGAGGAUCGCAUAAAAAAGGAGGAGGCUGACAAGAAAAAGAAGGAGGAACAGGAGAAGAAGAAAAAGGAGGACGAGCAGAAGAAAAAAGAGGAGGAGGAGAAGAAGAAAGCAGAGAGUAAGGAGGAGGAGAAGGAGGAGAAGGAGAAGAAGAGCCUGAAGAUUCGGUUUGAAGAGGCCGCAUGGUCCUCAAUAGACCUGGUCCUGGAGCCGGUGGAGGACCAGAUGGACUCGGUGCUGGGGACCACCAUCGACCCGUUCACAGACCGCCAUUACAUAGCCUGGCUCAGCCUGGUCACUCUGGCCUUCAACUACAACACGUGGUUCAUGACGGCCCGCCUCUGCUUCCCCUACCACACCCAGACCAGCAUCCCGUUCUGGUUUGCUCUGGAUCUACUUGCAGACCUGAUCUACCUCACAGACUCCAUCUUGUUCCAGGCCAGGAAACAGUUUGUCAAAGGAGGAGACAUCAUUAAAGACCGAGUGAUGACCAAGAAGAACUACAGAGACUCCAACAGAUUCACAAUGGACAUGGUGUCCCUCAUCCCUUUCGACCUGCUCUACUUACAGUUUGGCUUUAAAUCCAUCUUCAGAGCCAAUCGUCUGCUCAAGGCAGACACGUUCUUUGAGUUCAGUGACCGUCUGGAGAGCAUCAUGGCCAAAGCUUACAUCUGGAGAGUGAUCCGGACCAUCGGAUACCUGCUCUUUAUGCUCCACAUCAACGCCUGCUUCUACUACGUGGCCUCAGACUAUCAGGGCAUCGGGUUGACCAAAUGGGUCUACUCGGGCCUGGGCAGCGCGUACCUGCGUUGUUACUACUUCGCUGUCCGCAGUCUGAUCAACAUCGGGGGUCUACCUGAACCUCACACCGUCUUUGAGAUCUCCUUUCAGAUGACAAACUUUUUCACGGGCGUCUUUGUGUUCUCCAGUUUGAUUGGACAGAUGAGGGAUGUCAUCGGAGCAGCCACAGCAGGUCAGACCUAUUUCAGGUCCUCCAUGGACAACACCGUGUCCUACAUGGUCAACAACCGCAUCCCCUCUCAGGUCCAGAACCGAGUCCGCACCUGGUACACCUACACCUGGGACGCUCAGGGCAUGCUGGACGAGUCUGAGCUGCUGGAUAAGAUGCCGCUGGUGAUGAAAACCGCCAUCGCUGUGGACAUCAACCUCUCCACCUUCCAGAAGAUCGAUCUGUUCAAGGGCUGUGACCAGCAGAUGUUGGUGGACAUGUUGCUGAGACUCAAAUCUAUCAUCUAUCUACCCGGAGACUUUGUGGUCAAGAAGGGAGACAUUGGUAAAGAGAUGUACAUCAUAAAGGGCGGGGCGGUGCAGGUGGUGGGAGGACCUGACAACAGCAUCGUGUUUGUCACGCUGAAGGCCGGCUGUGUGUUCGGAGAGAUCAGUUUAUUGCAGUCGUCCAAAGACGGAGGAAACAGGCGAACGGCAAACGUAAAAGCUUACGGCUUCGCUAACCUCUUCGUCCUGGAGAAGAAGGACCUGUUUGACAUCCUGGUCCACUACCCCGAGUCUCAGAAAGUUCUGGCCAGGAAGGGACGGAAGUUAAUGAAGGCCAAGGGUCCUGCAGCCGCUAAAGUAGAUGAAGAUAAGAAGAAAGGACUCGCUCUGUUUGGACCCAAACCUCCAACGCCCAAACUGCUGCGAGCAUUUGGAGGAAAUUUUAACAAAGGACUUAUCGAGAAAAUGAAGAGUACCGCUGCAGGCCAAUGAGGACUAUGAGGAGAAUCACUUUAUGACUCCUUUUUGGGAGUCAGUGUACAGUUUGAUGUUAACCCUUUGAGUUUGAUUUUAACCCUUUGAGUCCUGUUUUGUACCGAGUGUUUUAAAAGAAAUAUUUUGUUAUAUGUAAACGUGAAAAAUCUGACCAUAUAUGAGACUCAUAUAUAUAUGACCAUAUGAGAACAUCAAAUAAUGCCAUCUUAGGUAAUGUGAGAGAAAGACUAAGCAGCUCUGGUUAAAAUGUUUGUUGAGAGGUAGCUAUAAACCAUUACAAAACUGAACUCACUGAUCUGGAGGUCAGAGUUGAAUUGCAUCAUGCACGAGUGAAAACAGUGAUUUAAACUUCUAAAGUGAGUGUUUAAAUUUGUAUGAAAUUUAAAGCAUGCAGACAGUUUAAAUUGUACUACAGUGGAUGUAAACAUGUGACUGAACGUCCUCUGUUGUCAGUUCUAAACCUGAACUCUGUACAUUUCUUCAUCUUCUCCGCAUGCAGAUAAAUAACACUCACUGUAUGA